GGGGGCUGUAGUUUUCCUGUCAGAGUAGCAGCUGUGGCUCUGCUAGUUCGCUUGCUCCGCAACUCGGUUCAGAGUCGGAGUCUGCGGUGCAGGGACGCUUCAUGGAAAGUCAGGAAGAUCAGGGAGCUGCAGGUGCUGCUGCUGCUGAGGCCGACGCCGAGAGAGGCUCAGGGUCGUCGGAUCCGGAUUCUGACGACGAAGUGGGGGCUUCCGGUCAGACUGAAAUGGAGUUUUUACGAAACCUCUUGUCCCGGACGCUGGGCUUGGGCAGCGAGAAACCCGAGAAGGUGCUGGAUGAGCUGACGUUAGAGGGUGUGAGCAAGUUCAUGCUGACUGAUCAAUGCAAGAAAAUUGUAUGUAUGGUUGGAGCAGGAAUCUCAACUGCUGCAGGGAUCCCGGACUUCCGCUCCCCAGGCACAGGGCUCUAUGCCAACCUACAGCAGUACAACCUGCCAUACCCAGAAGCCAUCUUUGAGAUCAGCUACUUCAAGCAACACCCAGAGCCAUUCUUUGCCUUGGCCCGGGAGCUGUACCCAGGGCAGUUCAAGCCCACCGUCUGCCACUACUUCAUACGCCUCCUGAAGGAAAAAGGGCUGCUCCUGCGUUGUUACACGCAGAACAUCGACACCUUGGAGCGGGUUGCUGGCCUCGAUCACGAAGACUUAGUGGAGGCUCACGGCACCUUCUUUACCUCCCACUGCAUCAGCUCCACCUGCAGGAAGUCGUACAGCCUGGAUUGGAUGAAAGAAAAAAUCUUCACGUCUCUCAUCCCCAAGUGUGAAAAAUGUCAGAAUGUAGUGAAGCCAGACAUCGUGUUCUUUGGGGAGAACCUGCCCUCUCGCUUCUUCUCUUUGAUGCAGUCAGAUUUCCGCGAUGUGGACUUGCUCAUUAUCUUGGGCACCUCCCUUCAGGUCCAGCCCUUUGCCUCUCUUGUCGGCAGGGUACCCAAAAACACACCACGGCUCCUGAUCAAUAAAGAGAAGACUGGAGAAAGUGAUCCUCUCAUGUCCCUGAUGGGCUUCGGGUGUGGGAUGAACUUUGACUCAGAGAAAGCAUACCGGGAUGUUGCCUGGCUUGGAGACUGUGACGAGGGCUGCCUAGCCUUGGCAGAGCUGCUGGGAUGGAAGAAAGAGCUGGAGGAACUGGUGAAAAAGGAGCAUGCUGCCAUAGACGCCAAGGCGGGGCAGACUGCAGCCCAUGGGGCAAGUGCCACCCAUCCUUCCAUGAGGGAACAGAAGGAACAUCCGUCCGCAGAGAAGGAAACACCUCCUAGCACCAAAGAAGAAUGAAGAGAUUGGACAGGACUGGGGGACCCGUACUGUGGAUGAAUUAAAAAUCAAAAUGGCCACAGGCUGAGUGACCCUUGUGGCUUGCAGACUUGUGUGACUUGAUUUCCUUAAGGGCCUUGGCCGCCCGGGAUCAACCAGAGGCUUCUGCUUAGGAGAUCAUGUGGUGGGAAAUCCAAAAGAAUGUGAGGAGUUACGGAACAAAAGUGAAAGAGGCCAAGGUACCACUUUACAAAGUCUUCUCUGCUGACUUUGGUAGUGUUUGACUUGAAAGCCCUAAAUUGCUGAGAUUAUGGGUGAGAAAUUGGAUUGACAAGUAGCAAUCUGAAUAUGUCUGGGUUAUUUUCCAGCCUUAGUGAAUUUUAGUUGCUGUGGGAUGGGUGGACAAAACCAGCCUUGUUCUUAAUGCAAUCUAUCAGUCUGUUUAAAAUUAUUUCUAUGCCACCUUUAAGGAGAGAACCCUUUCAAGGCGGUGUACAAGACAAAACACACACUAAAUGGAUACAAUGUAAAGAAUCCAUAAAACAUGUUUCAAUAAAUCCAUAAAAACCUAGAUUAACACUUAGAAUCGACAAAAGCAAACCUUACCAGUAAAAAAACAAAACUUACCAGUAAAAACCAACAGCCCAGACUUAAAGGAAGGCCAGUGAAAACAGGUGGGUCUUCUGAGCUACCUUUCUUCCUGGGAAGUCCGUUCUUUCUUUGGCACCCAGCUUGGCCAAAGAUGAUAAGUUGUGCAGAAUGGUGGUUGGAGGUUAUUUAAUCAAUCUUUUUAACACUGUUAAAGCUUUUGCUGCUGUUACUUGCAUUAAGCUAUCAUAAAUGGCAAUUAAAUUCAAGCACCUUGAUACCA